AUGGACUUGAGUAGUAGUGUCAUCUUGUUGGUUGCUGCUUUCUUUUAUUUGUUAUAUGGCGGUGAUCAAGUCGAGUGUACUUUGAUAAAAUACAUGAUCACUUGGGACGAUAUCAAAUUACAGCAGCAACAUCACCAACAGAUUACUCAAAGGAUUACUUUUGGUAACGGAAAUAAUAAUGGAGAUGAUGGAAAUGCUGCGAAUAAUAGUAGAGUUAUCGUGGUCGACCAAAAUGGGAGAGGCGAUUCACUUACUGUCCAAGCUGCUGUCGAUAUGGUCCCUGUUUACAAUUCCAUCAGGGUCAAGAUUUACAUUCUUCCCGGUAUUUACAGAGAAAAGGUGAUGAUUCCUGCUUCAAAACCUUAUAUUUCCUUCAUUGGAGAUCCAAAUCAUGCGUCACAAACGGUUUUAAGCUGGAACGACAAAGCAUCAGAUAUAUACAAAGAUGGGUCUGAACUCGGAACAUAUAGAACAGCUACUGUUGCCGUAGAAUCUGAUUACUUUUGUGCUUCUGGGAUCACCAUUGAGAAUACGGUGGUUGCAGUACCAGGGGGAUAUAAAAUGCAAGCAGUGGCAUUGAGAAUUGCAGGCGACAAAGCAGUACUUUAUCAAGUAGGAAUACUGGGGACACAAGACACACUUCUUGAUGAAACUGGAUCUCAUUACUUCUAUCAGUGUUUUAUUCAAGGAUCUGUUGAUUUUAUAUUUGGCAAUUCUAGAUCACUCUACAGGGAAUGUACUUUACAUUCAGUAGCUGAUAAAUACGGAGCAAUUGCAGCUCAUCACCGGAACUCAGAACAAGAAGAUACUGGAUUUUCUUUCGUAAAUUGUUCGGUAACAGGAAGCAGAGGGUCCAUAUAUUUGGGGAGAGCUUGGGGAAACUAUUCGAGGGUGUUGUAUAUAUACUCUAACAUUGACGACAUCAUUGACCCUUUGGGGUGGAGUGACUGGAAUCAACCAUGGAGGCAAAGGACAGCGGUGUUUGGAGAAUACGAGUGCAAAGGAAUAGGUGCAGACAGAAAGAAUCGAGUAUCAUGGUCCAAAUCGUUGGAGUACGUUGAAGCAAUGCCUUUUCUUGAUACUAAAUUUAUCGGUGGAGAGAAAUGGCUGAGAUUAUAAUGAAGUUGAAGCUUAGUAUAUAUACACACACAUGGUGUUUGUGUUAGCAGUAGUACAGUUCUAGUAUUUAUUUAGUUAUACUACCCUGGAUCAUACAGUUUCACAAACAAAGUUACAUACAUCUAAUUAUUAAAGUGAGUAAGUUGAUCUGCCUAAUCCCUCUUAUUUAUCUACUUAUGUAAUACAGUAAGUAUUUACAAAA